ACACUAUAUAAUACUAAAUACUAUAUUAAAGCCUAAAAAUAUAUAUAUAUUUUAACAGUGAAUGUCAUAUACAAAGUGUUGAUCGCAUUACUGGUAAUCACUUUUAUUAAGUAAUAUCUCAUCAAAAAUAAUAAGAAGAAGAAAAAUCUUCGGGACUUUCGUUCUCUGAAAAAGAGGAAUCACUUCCACGAAAAGGAUCCACUCAUUCGGUGUUUGUGUCUGAAGAAGAAUAAGAAGAAGACAUCCCAACGACUAGAACUGCUAAGAGUUUUCAUAGUCCCGCGCGAUAUAUAUAUAUCGCAUACUAAAUAUUUUUUAAUCAACUAAUUGAUCCCUGAAUAUCAACAAAAAUGGGUAAAGACUACUAUAAGAUAUUGGGUAUCGCGAAGACGGCUACCGACGAUGAAAUCAAGAAAGCCUAUCGCAAACUGGCCCUCAAAUACCAUCCGGACAAGAAUAAGGAUAAGGGAGCCGAAGAAAAAUUCAAAGAUAUUGCCGAAGCCUACGAAGUAUUAUCGGAUAAGAAAAAGCGCGAUAUUUUCGACCAGUUUGGCGAAGAAGGACUGAAAGGUGGUAUCGGCGGCGGCGGCGGAGGAGGUCCUGGUAGUGGUGGAGGUGGCGGUAGUUUUGGUACCUCUGGAUCGAAUUUUACAUACGAAUUUCAUGGCGACCCCCGCCAAACUUUUUCCCAGUUUUUCGGUACCGAUAAUCCAUUUGAUAUGUUCUUCAAUAUGGGAGGACUGGGCGGCCACCAGCACCCGGGUGGUGUCGGUGGUCAAGGUUUCGAACAGCAUAUGGAUAUCGAUAACGAUCAUAUAUUUAUGAAUAAUUUUAUGUCCGGUGGCGGACAACCGGGCGGUCGUCCGGGAAAUAUAUUCACACAACAAAGUCACACAUCAUCGGGUGGUUCUCCUCGUAAAAAUCGUGCCAAACAAGACCCGCCUGUCGAACACCAAUUGAUGGUCACACUCGACGAAGUGCUCAGGGGUUGUACAAAGAAAAUGAAGAUUACCCGUAAAGUGUUGAACACUGAUGGCAAAAGCUAUCGCAAAGAGGACAAAGUGUUAACCAUUAAUGUUAAGCCCGGCUGGAAGGCCGGAACAAAGAUUACGUUUCAACGCGAAGGCGACCAGAAUUCGGGUUCAAUACCCGCCGAUAUUAUAUUUAUUAUCAAAGACAAACCGCAUCCGAUGUUCAAACGCGACGGUCACGAUAUUGUCUAUACGGCUAAAAUUACGCUAAAGGACGCCCUGUGCGGUACUCAGAUAACAGUACCGACACUGACCGGGGAGAAAAUGCCCGUCAGGAUAGCCGAAGUAAUCAAACCGACAACUGUUAAACGUUUGUCUGGUCACGGACUGCCCUAUCCGAAGGAACCCAAUCGCAGGGGUGACCUAUUGAUACAUUUUGAUAUCAAAUUUCCCGAUUCUCUGACAGACUCAAUGAAACAAUUGAUUGGCGAUAUAUUACCAUAAGUUUAGUGUUUAUUUUUUUGGGGAAAAUUUAUUUUUUUUUAAUUAUUUAUUUAUAAUUUGUAAUUAUAUUA